AAGCAAACCAGAACGAAGUUUAAAACCGACCACCCUUCAGUAACGCUGUAAAUUAAAACAAUAGUUUUUAGAAAAGUUGGCGAGUUGCGGGGCUGGAGUGAUCGCCAAAGCCCCUGCCUCCGCUCCGCUGCCCGACGGUGCUGCUGUCAAUCAAGACGGGGUCGGGUCGGGUCCGGUCCGGUCCGGGAGGGAGCGAGGGCCGGCGGAGGCGCUGCUGACGGUCCGGGGCUGGGGUACGAUGGAUGGAGCUGCCCCCUCGGCCACCUCUGCCCGCUUGCUGGACACCAGGCGGAGGCCAGGCUUCGGAAUGUGCCGGGAAAGGAGUACAGUAUCGUAGUGAUUGCUGGCAGACACUCAGCGGAAGAAAAAGUUUGGGCGGAGGGAGGUUUGGAGCUGGAAUUACCUGCGGCCGGCCAUGCAUUCACGUGCAAAUGGGAUGGUGAUGAAUGGAUCAGCCUUGGAUGCUGGGCUAGCAUGUUGGGAGAGUGGGUGGUCACCUCGCAGUCGGAUGGAGGCUUCAUGCCUUGAGCUUGCCCUGGAAGGGGAACGACUGUGCAAAGCCGGAGAUUUCAAGGCUGGAGUGGCCUUCUUUGAAGCUGCUGUGCAGGUCGGAACAGAGGACUUGAAGACUUUGAGCGCCAUCUACAGUCAGCUGGGUAAUGCCUACUUUUACCUGAAGGAAUAUUCAAAGGCUCUGGAAUACCACAAGCAUGAUCUAACCCUAGCCAGAACCAUUGGGGAUCGGAUUGGUGAAGCAAAAGCGAGUGGUAACCUUGGAAAUACAUUGAAGAUUCUUGGCAACUUUGAUGAAGCUAUUGCUUGUUGUCAGAGGCACUUGGACAUCUCGAGAGAACAGAAUGAUAAGGUCAGUGAAGCACGAGCACAGUACAAUAUUGGAAAUAUUUUUCACGCCAAAGGGAAGCAGCUAUCCUGGCUCACUGCCCAAGAAUCUGGAGACCUACCCAGUGAAGUGAAGGAAACUUUAGAGAAGGCCACCGAAUACUAUGAGAUGAAUCUUAAAAUUGUCAAAGACUUAGGUGAUCGAGCAGCUCAAGGUAGAGCCUAUGGUAACCUCGGCAACACACAUUACCUGUUAGGAAAUUAUCAUGAUGCCAUCAAGUUUCACAAAGAGCGUCUUUCAAUCGCAAAAGAAUUUGGAGAUAAAGCGGCUGAGAGAAGGGCCUACAGCAACCUGGGAAAUGCGCAUAUAUUUCUGGGAAGAUUUGAUGUGGCUGCUGAGUAUUACAAAAAAACUCUUCAUAUUUCGAGGCAGCUAAAGGACCAGGCUGUGGAAGCUCAAGCUUGUUACAGCCUGGGCAACACGUAUACUCUGCUGGAAGAUUAUGAGAAAGCUAUUGACUACCACCUUAAACAUCUUUCCAUUGCCCAGGAACUAAAUGACAGAGUUGGAGAAGGCAGAGCGUGCUGGAGUCUAGGAAAUGCCUACGUAUCCCUUGGGAGCCAUGAGCAAGGACUACAUUUUGCAACAAGACACCUAGAAAUCUCCAGAGAGAUCGGCGAUCGAAGUGGUGAACUUACAGCCAGUUUGAAUGUGGCACAACUGCAGUCGGUGCUCGGCAUGAGCUCAGCUCAACAGAGUAGGCAGUCGACUCCUUACCUUGCCGAUUAUGAAGCACAAGGAGCAAGGCCAAGGACAGUGGCCCAGUAUAGCAUGGAGAAUGUGAAUGUGGCCAAGUUUUCACCAGAUAAGGACCAAAAUGGCGAAAUAGCUGGUGAGUACCACUCCAUUGACCUCGAGAGCACAGUUAAAACACCCCAGACUGGGCAGCUAAGGAAUAGAAGGUACCAGGAGAGUCAAUCAAGCACAGAAGGUAAAGCGCAAGGAACCAAUACACUGUUGCCUUUGGUGGACACCAGUGAUGUCAGAGUUCACGUGGUCCCAAUGAGGGUAAACCGGGAUCCUUCAGAUGAAGAAUGUUUCUUCGAUUUACUAAGUCGCUUCCAAAGUAAUCGUAUGGAUGACCAGCGAUGUACAUUUGAAGAGCAACAGAAUGGCAUGACAGGGAGUGCAUCUACCCCAGUGUCUCCUCUGCAGGAUAGAAUAUCUCAAGCAUCUCCGCAGACAGAGGAAUUCUUUGACUUGAUAGCGAGCUCUCAGAGUCGAAGGUUGGACGAUCAGCGAGCCAACGUGGGCAGCCUGCCCGGACUAAGGAUCACGCACAACAACAGCCAGGUGGUGAUGGGGCAGCUGCGGCCUGAAGGAGACUCCCAGGAGCCCGGAGAUGAGUUCUUCAACAUGCUAAUGAAAUGCCAGUCAUCCAGGAUUGACGACCAGAGAUGUGCUCCGCCCAGCCCAGCACCACGAGGACCCACCGUCCCCGAUGAGGACUUUUUCAGCCUGAUCCAGAGGGUGCAGGCCAAGCGGAUGGACGAGCAGCGAGUUGACCUUCCGUCAAACCGUGAAGGGCUGGAUCAGAGCAGGCCGGGCUCCUGCUGAGCAGUGUGCCACCGACAGACUUGUGAACAAGCUGGACUUGCUGUGUGGAUCGACGCCCCUGCCAACACUACAAGGGAGCCUAGGCCAAAAGCUAUCCACACUACCCCUGUGAGAUCAGCACAUGCUUCUAGACGACUGCUUUAAACCCAUCAUAAUUAAUGAACCAAAAUCUGAACAAUUAUGCUUUAUUUCAAAUGGUACAAGAAUUAUCUGUGGGAGGUGGAAAGAUACCAGCACAGCAUUAGCUUAUUUUGUACGUGACGGCGUUGAAUGAAUGUAAAACUGCUGGUACUAUAGAACAUGUGGGUCUGUUGUCACAUACAGAUAUCCGCAGAAUGUGUGCAGGAAAAAGUACAUGCACACCACACAUCACAUUUCAUUCACUUUACAUGUGCAGACACAUCUCAUGCAUUCACACACAUAUUAUGGAUAUAAUGUGAAAAACCCAAUUCACAUGGACCCCAGACACACUCAGAGAUUAAUUAACUUCUUUGCUUGGAAUUUUCAUACUAGAACAUUGGAUAAACGGAUUGUUUUCUCUUAUUGAACGAGUUUCUAUUAAUUUCUCUUUUGAAGUUAGAGUGACUCAGAUCACAAAGAGAUCGUCGGUUUAUGGGUUUUUGAUACUUCACUGAAACCCUGAAGCCACUGUGCUUCUAAAUUAUAGUAAUUGCUUCAUACACUUUUUUAAAAAAAAAUUAUGUUCUAUGAUUAAUCUAAGUGCCAGAGUGGCACUUGGACUUGCCCAACAAGUGAAAUAAAGUGCAUCCCCAGCACUAAAGGAGCUGGCCAACAUUUCAGUGUUACAUGACCGUUAUUGGGUGUUUUCUGGGCACACUGCAGCAGCUGACUGGUCUCAGAAGUAAUUUGCUAGCUGUGAAAUGCUUUGUGGCAUCCUGAGGUGGUGGAAAGUGGAAAAGAAAUGCAAGCGCUUUAUAUCUGUUCUUUCUGCAGAUUUUGUCCAUGCUGUCUGGAGGAGGAUUUCCCGCUGUGUUAAUGCAGUCCAGUGACAACCUGCCGCAGGCUUUGUCAUUGAAGUGCAGCAAGCGAAUGGGAUGCCUCCUUGGGGAACCAAUUUUCCACCUACAUUUUUUGUAGUAUAUUUGCAUUUCUAAUCCAUUUAACCACAAAACAAGAACAUGCCAAGGCCUAAUAUAUGCUGGACCUGGAGAGCAUGCCAGCAGAAAUACAGUAAUCCUUUGUACUGACCUAGAAACAAUUAAAUUCUUGGUUUAAUUUAUGAAUAAAAGAAAGCUCUUUGUCACCCUUGGGGAUAUGUAAAUGCUAUUUCAUGUUGUAACAGCUGCUGUAUGUUUAACAUUUGAGCCCUUCUGGUACAAUUUCUCCCCCACCCACCCCUCAGACACUGCCAGUAAAUAAUAUGUUUCUCUUAGAUUUCAUACUCAACUUCUGUAAAUAGAAUGGGCUCAUUUUACUUAAAAGACGCAGUUUCGGUUAAUUUACAAUGUGUUAAAUUUUACACAAGCUUGUAAUAAAACUACAAACAUA